AUGAAUAUACCAGUCCUUUUACAAUAUACGGCUUUGUGGAUUGUGUUUGUUCUGACCACCGAUUUUUGGAAUUACAUAGAUGGUUCUUGUAAUGUAAACGUACGUUAUGAGAGAGACGCGGCCUUCGACGGAGUUGUUCCGACGCCUGCAUGGUAUUAUAUAAACUCUAUCCCUAAUCUAAGCUUUGCUUCGUGUACACUGGCGUGUUUUCAAAGCGUUUCUGUAUGUUCUGGAUAUCUGUUUAGCUCUCAGCAUUCAUCUUGUAAGUUAUUGAGGACUUUUUUGACACAAAUUGAUAGAAAUGGAAGUUAUAUUGGAGGCGAUUGGGAAUAUCGUAGCAGAGCAGCAGAAAUCCUGUCUUUGAAUAAGCCCGUCACUGCCAGUUCAAAUUAUGAAGAUUACUAUCCAAAUGCUGGCCACAAGCUCAUUUACCUUGUAGAUGGGAUAAAAAAUGCACCUGGAAAAUUUCACACAUAUUAUGAACCGUAUCCCUGGGUGACGAUCGACCUUGAAAAUUUUAGUAUCAUUAGGGAUGUGGUUAUGUAUAACCGCGCCGAUGACCAUGGUCGGUGGCUUCACAGUGUGGAGAUAAGGGUGGGAAACUCUUCUGUCUGGUCAGAGAUGACUACUUGUGGCACAUACCCAGGACCCAGUGAGACGGGGGAUAUAAUUGUCGUUGAAUGCAGACCAUCUUGUUAUGGAAGAUACGUCACUCUGAAGAUAGUUCAACUGAACUACAUCACAGACGACUCGAAUGCUAAUAAUGGCAACAAUGCAUUAGGGUUUGAAGAACUUGUUGUCAACGGACUUUAUUUUUGAAAAAAGAAGAAGAAAUAUUGCUACGAUUUUUGAUA